CACUCUUGUUGGCGCCUUUUCCUAGUUAUCUGUAUCUUGAGAUGCCCAAUUUGAGAGAGCAGUUAACUAUAUUUUCCGAAUUUAUAUGUUUCACAGUAACCAAAAUAAGAUGACUACAAUAUUUGAUCUUUGAUGGAGGUGUAUUAAGUUUACUAUAAUAUCAAUGGCAAUGAUUGGAAUAGCAUCUAAUUGUGGGCAAGCAGUAAAUCUGCAGCAGGAAUGUAUAGAGCAAGACUCUCCCCUGAGGUGUCAGAAAAGUCCUCAAGAAAACAAAAGGAAUACUCCAAUCACUAAUUUUUUCAAGCCUUCGCCUAAAGAUACAAAAUCAGCGGAAAAGCCCAAGGAUCUUUUUGGUUAUUUUAGGAAAUUAGACAAAACUCCAAAUGGUAGUGAAAAAUUGUCUGAUAAAACACACUUGCAAGACGAAGAGAUUCACAGGCUUGUGCCAAGCUGUUUAUCUUACAAUCUGAAGGCAAAAGAUAAAGGGAAAAGGGAAACCCGAAAGGCGAAGAAAAAACUACCAGAUACAAAUAGCAGUGAACUACAUGAUGUAGCUCUCAGAUCAAUUGAAGACAGUGAAGAGAUAGUUCAAAAUGGUGUAGGGUUACGGAAAUCAAAUACGGUAUCCAUGUGUAGUGGGAGUGACACUAUUGUGAUGGUGCAGUUACAGAACCAGCUGGAAAUUGAUGUGAAUAACAUGGAUCGAAAAAGAAAGAUGCAGGAUACUUUAGACUGCUCCAUGGAAGAGUUUGCUGUUUUACAACCAGUUGCUAAAUCUGCUAAAUUAGAAUAUUCAAGUGAUAACAGAAAAAGGAAAUCAAAGAAGAAGAAAAAAGUAAUACCUGACGGUGAUGUGUAUCAUGGUAAGAGUAAACACAGAGGUGGUAAAAAGCGCAACGAUAUAAACAUACUAAAUAACAGUGAUGUAGACACUGAAACAUUGCAACUGGAAAUAACAGCAUUUGAGAAAAUUGUUGCAGCUGACUCAAUAAAAAAUUCUGAUGAUGAUUUAGAUGAUUACAUCUAUGAUGAUGAUGAUGAUGACGGCGGCGGCAACGACGAUGAUGAUGAUGAGCAAAGCAUGGCAUCUACAUGUACAUUGUCUAAAGAAGGUGAUGAAACUGAAGUUGUUAGCUAUGAACAAUUUCUUUCUGACACAAUUGAAAUGUCAAAGUCACAAGAAGAAAGUAAUUCAUCUGAUCAAGAAGACUGUACAACAGCUAAAGAAUGUAUAAAGAUUUGUGGUAAAAUAAUCACAACCAAAGCCAUUGUGCAUGGCCCUCCUUCUCCAGCUUGCUCCACUGAAAGACCUGCUUCCCCUGAUGUGACAUUUAUAGACUCACCAGCAAGUAUUAAACAUCAGAGAAGACGAAAAUCCAAUGUUGUGAUCGAUAUGAAUGAAUCAGACUUGAGUGUUGUUGUGUUGGGUGGAUCUGAGGGAAGUAAACCAGAGAACAAGAAACCACUCCACAGUUUCUUCACAAAAACUCAGUUGCGUAAAACAAGUUCCUCUGAAGUGUCUCAUUCUGUAAAAGACAAAUCUGCGAAAGAGCCAGGUGAUGUUCCGAGGAGGGAGAAAUUAUCCCAAAGUGAAAAAGAUCUUGAUGUGGUAUGCGUCUCCCCAGAGAUUGUUGAAGAGAACAGAUGUGGCAAGAUUGUUUAUUGUGUCAAGAGUGAAAACGACGAUACAAAUAUUGACAUAGCUGCUAGGAAACGCUUCCAGGGACAGGUAAUGAAAGGUACAAUAACAGAUCCAGAUACAAUCAAUACAAGUAAAACAUUGAAUGAGAAAACUGAACUUGUAUCAGUCUCUAUCAAAAAAAGAAGCAGAGGGAGACCUUGUAAAUUAGUCUCUGAAAAUGACAAUAAUUUAAAUAGGGCAAAGGAUGUAACUAAGAGGAAUAAAAUGGUGACACGGACGAACCAUAAAGAAAUCCAGGAUCCUUGUAAUAAAGUUGGCAGUCGUAAAAGAGGACGCCCAAGGUCAAGUAAAAGUUCUGAUUCGGAUUUUGAGACUGAAAAGAUUUCAAAGAGGUCAAAAAGGUCAAUUUACAAGUCAACUGUUCUGGAUGUAGGGUAUAAAAGAGGCAGCCCACUCAGAAUAAGACUUACCCGGUUAAAGAAAAGCUCAUCAGGAAGCUCACCAGAUUCUGCCAAGAAACCAACGACCAGGAAAACCAGUGCGAUCCUGAAAGCAGCCAAGGCUCAGGAGAUACUACAGAAAGCAAAGACUACAAAACAUAAAAAGGUUAAACCUGCUUCCAAACCCAAGAUUAUUUCUAAAAGUCUUAAGAAGUUGCCAGCAAAGAGUAAGAAGGCAGUGAAUAAAAACACAAAAGUUAUAAAAAUUGAAGAUUCACCAGAAGAAAGUAACAAGAGAACACCAGUUAGAAAUAUAAACUCUGUACUUGGGAAGAAAUCCAAAGGGGAAGAAAAGACAGGUGUUGAUAAUGGAAAUAUUGCACCAUUUUUCUCAAUGUUUGGUGUGAAAAAAAACACUGAGACUGUGAAUACAAAACAAAUUACUCCCAUAAAAAAACCACUUGUAAUAAUUGAUGAAAGCAGUCAAGAAUUUUCUUGGGACGAUGAAGCAUUCUUGUUGAGGCGUAAUAUGCUUUUAAGUCGUAUGGCUGAAACAUCUCGAAAACAGACCGGGGAAGAUUUGAAAGCUGCUCCACUUCCUCAAGUUAGUCAUGUGCAACAAAGGGAUGCGGCUAGAAACUCUUUGUGGAAUCUCAGUCAUCCAAAUUUUAAUUUCACUCUCAGAGAAGAUUUCCUAAAUAAGAUUUGCAGAGUUACGAUCUCAGCUAAAGAAUUGAAACUUGGCAGUUUUACAUCAGCGUUAGAUAGAAUGGAAAUCUCUAAAGCUCUGAUCAAGAGUUGUGAAAAAACAGAUUUAUCAUAUGUAGUGAGAAAACAGUUACUACAAGAGAUUGGUCAAAAUAAUCCUGGAUUUCCUGUGAAUAGAUGGUUUAAAAGAUAUUUGGAAAAGUAUAAAGGAUUGGAUUCCGAUAAAUCAAAUCCAGCGAGCAAUUCAAAUGAAAAUAGCAGUGGAAAAGUUAAAUCAAGAAACACAGCACAUGUGGAAGGAGGGAAAGGCAGCAGGAAAAAAAAAAGGGAAAGCUUGGGAGAGAGUUGUAAUAAACGGGAACGUAGAAGUAGUCGUAGAUUACAAGAGAAAGUGAAGGAAAGUGAUGUGGGUGAAAUAAAGUGUGAAAGUGAUGAAGUCCAACUAAUUAAUCCAGAGAAGAAUGAGCUUGUCACUGAUAAAUGCUGUGAUAGACUGUGGACUGAUAAAUACCAACCCUGUCAAUCAUCAGAAAUAAUAGGGAAUAAAGACAAUGUAAAGAAGAUAUUUUCUUGGCUGGGAGAAUGGAAAGCUAGAAGUGACAGAGAAACAAGGAAACUCAAGAAACAGUUAAAAAAAGAAGCCAAGAAGAAAAAAGCUAAAACUGAAGAUAUUAAAUCAGAUGAAUGGUGGUUUGAUGAUGAUAGUAGUGACUUUGCCAGUGAUGAUAGCGACUACAUUGACGAAGAUGAUACAAUCUGUAAUACUAUGCUGAUUGCUGGGCCAUCUGGUAUUGGUAAAACAUCUGCAGUGUAUGCAUGUGCCAUGGAACUCGGUUUUAAGGUUUUUGAAGUUAAUGCAUCAUCCAAGCGUGGCGGUAAACAUAUCUUAUCAGAAUUAAAAGAAGCCACUCAGUCUCAUCAAGUGUCAAAAGGGUCAGGAAGUGGUGCCCUCAGUCAGUUUCUUUCUGCUGAAGAAAAAACUACACAACAGAAGAAGAAAAAACAGAUCCAUUCUGCAUUUUCAUCAUUCGUAAAGAAACCAGAAGAAACAAAUAAUAAAGUAGCAAAUAAAAAGAAAAGAAACUCAAAAAUCAAUGAAAAGAAAAAGAACAGAAAAGCUUCUCCUAAAGACACAAUAAGUGACUCAAAUGUUGCCAAAAUGAAAAUAGCAAGUACUUCACUCAUACUGAUUGAAGAGGUUGAUGUGAUAUUUGAUGACGACAAAGGGUUCUGGUCUGCAAUCAAUACAUUAAUUGGAACAACAAAGAGACCAAUCAUCAUGACAGCUAAUGAUACAAUAUCUGCAUCUCAGCUUGAAGGUGAAUAUGAACGACUGGUAUUCAGAUCCCCCACUGUGGCCAGUAUCACAACGCAUUUACAACUGUUAUGUUUGGCCGAGAAUUUUAGAACAAACCAUUAUGAUUUAGAAAAAGUAGUAAAAUUUCAUAACUGCGAUAUCAGACGCAGUAUUUUAAGUUUACAGUUUUGGAUAGAAUCUGGGGGAAGUGCGGAUAUGAUCACCUCAUGUUACGAUGACGAAGAUGAUGAAAAUGAAGGGGAGAGCUUUGAAGAACGAUUUCUACGUAAAUUAAUAGACGUAGAAAUUAAAACAAUUGUCGUGUCUGAAUAUUACAAGAGUCAAGGAAUCAAUGAGCAAAUGGAAAGUGAAGAUAAUCAGGAAGGAGAUUAUUAUGAGCUGCCAUCUGAGAAUACCCUCUGUUAUGAGAGUACCUUGGGUCUUCAAAACAUUGCAGGGAGAUCUGGUGGACUGCAUCACAAUAUAAAGGACCACAAUGCCAGUUUGUCAAUGAAAGUUAACAUGGUAUCGUCAAUGAAAGAACAUGUGCAGUGUGAUAACUACAAUAAUCAUACAUUUGUAUAUGAAUAUUGCCAUAGCAACCUAUCAGAUUCCAAAAAAAACAUACAGGAAUCAUUGAAUUCCUGGAGUGAAUACAUGGACAGUAUGUCACAAGCGGAUAAUAUGAGAAUUGCUGAAAGUACGGUCAUCAAUCGCUACGACAACUGUGCCUGGUGGGGAGCAAGAACAAUGCCAGGUUUGAGUGAUCGGCCGGUCAAAUCGGAGGAUAAUGAUUAUAACUUUAAGGCAACAAUGAGGGAUAUAGAUAGUUGUAUCUCUGUAUUGAGUAUGGACAGAUUUAGGAAGGAGCAAAUGAGACUUGGACAUCAUAGAAGUAGGACAGACGGCAAGCAGGAACCACCAUGUAGCAUUGCAAUGGAAUCUGGCACAAAUUAUGAUGCAAGUCCAAAGGACUGUAACUACAAAACAUGUUGCAUGCUGCCAUUGGCAGUACAGUGCAAUCAUUAUGGGGUUACAAUGGAUUAUUUGCCAACAUUUAGAGCAAUUUGUAGAUCAGAACAGUAUCGACAAGCCACUAAUUCCAAACGAAGAUUUCUCCACUAUUUGGACCAGGCAGCACUAUCACUACCGCAAUCCACGUUGAACACCUUUACGAAAGCUUUCACUGACCAUACAACAUAGAAUUCCAUUUAUCUGCAAUGCCAUAAAGACCUGGAACGCAAGAACACUCUUGAUGAACUUAACCCACAAAAUUCCAUUUGUAGAUUUGCUAGAUUUGAUGGGUCAAUUAAUGUAACACACUGAUAUCCAUACUAAUUUUACUUGUCUUGGAUACAUCUCCUUUGGAUGUCUAAUUACACCAUGCUAGCAACUGCACUCGUAUUAGGCAAUCAACAUAUAAGGGUAGUCUUCUGUUGCAGCAUUCUUGGUAGCUCACUCCCACUGCUUAACAAUGGUGUACUUCCUUGAAUUAAUGUAUAUAUGUUUGAUAUUAAAAUACGUAAAUGUUUACUGUUAUGUGUUCGCAAACUGCAAAUCUUUUACUUUC